ACAGCUAUGACAGAACACAUGGUAAGCGGCCACCUUUUUAACGAAAUAGUUACCCCCUGCUAAUACAAACAAAUCCUGUAUCCCAAGAUAUUUUUGAUCAGUUGGUGAAAAUAAUGCUUUCUUUUGCCACCAGGCCCCGCGUUCCCAUUGGCUAUGUUUGGUCACGUGACCAGGAAUUGGCUGCAAUUUCGCCCAUAGUCUUCAGUUUAGUAGACCAAGGUCCCCAUACGCUAGUAAUAUCACCAAUAUACACAAUUAUUAAAGCCCGCAAAUACGCCAUAGCAGGGCGCAAAUAAUCUCUCGUUUUUAUUUCUUUUUGCUGUUUGAUAUCGCCGUCCGCUUUGUGACCAAGAGAAGCUAUGAAUUUUGAAUUUGAGAGGGAGAUUGGGUUCAUAAACAGCCAGCCUUCCCUCGCUGAGUGCCUGACGUCUUUCCCCGCUGUCCUGGAGUCAUUUCAAACUUCAUCAAUCAAGGACUCGACAGUAAUUCCUCCUCCUUUCGAGCACACCAUACCCAGCUUGAGCCCCUGCACAAGCAACCAGGCGCGACCAAGGAGCCAAAAGCGCACCUCCAAUGGCCUCCAGCUCCGGACGCCGCAGCCGCAGCAGGGCCCGGUCCCGGCGGCGAGCGGCGGUACCCUGGCCCACGAGUUCCCAUGGAUGAAGGAGAAGAAAUCCUCGAAAAAGUGCACGAAACCCGGACCUGCUACAGCAGCUGCCUCAUCCCCCUCGCCUGCAUCUUCCGGGUAUGCCAACGUGGGACUGGAGUCCCCGACAGAGGCGCAGGGCGGGCUGGACAACGGCAGUGGAUCCCGGAGACUGAGGACAGCCUACACCAACACUCAGCUCUUGGAGCUGGAGAAGGAGUUCCAUUUCAACAAAUACCUCUGCCGGCCUCGGCGGGUAGAGAUCGCCGCGCUGCUGGAUCUAACUGAGCGACAGGUUAAAGUAUGGUUCCAGAACCGGCGGAUGAAGCACAAGCGCCAAACGACGCACCACAGAGAGGGCCAAGAGGGCGACCCUGAAGGGUACGAGCCUCUGGAAGGCACCGACGUCGCAUCGCCAUACUCAAGCCAGCCCCUGGAAGCGUCUGGUUCGGGUUCGGGCUCUGGCUCAGCGGCGGCAUCGGAAACCGAGACAUGCGGCUCAACAGCCUCCUACACAAACAGCAUUGACAAUAAGCAACCCACGCCCGAGGAGAAUAAGCCGAGCGGACAAGAGCCUGCAUCUGCCUCUGAUACAGCUGUCCACUCUCCCCCAUACACAACGCCCACUGCAGAUAACCCUGCAACAAUAGGCGAGGGCCGUGCAUCUGGCUCAGAUCACUCGUUUACGGAGCCACAGGACGCCGCCUCGCUACCCGAUUUGAAUUUCUUUUCUGGGGAUUCAUGCCUGCAGAUUUCGGACGCUUUGUCGCCGAGUCUGCAAAGCUCUCUAGACAGUCCAGUAGAUUUCUCCGAAGAGGACUUUGACUUAUUCACGAGCACUCUCUGUACAAUAGAUUUACAGCAUUUACAGUUCUAAUGGAGGACAGUAAGAACAAUUAGAGCACCAAUAACUCAAGAAUCCUGAAGACUGUCGCCGUGUUAAAAUGUUUUGAAUUCUUCUCGACUGCAACAUUCCUGCAAAUUUAUAUAGAAAAUAUCCUUUCAUCUUGGGUUUAAUUAUGAAUACAAUAUUAUUGAAGCACUGAAUGGUAAAGGAGCGAACACGUUUAUUAUUUGACAAUAUUGCUAUGUUUUAAUCGUAUCGAAAUCCCAUCCGGACUUCCCCUGUCGAAAUUUCAGGUAUUUAUCUCCUUUUAAUUUUCUGUGUGCUCAGUUUGUGCUCACUGCAUAACAUUUGGGAAUUUUUCCAGUUAAGCUCAAUCGUUGACUUCUCAGGAACUGUGUCAGACUGAACUGCUUUUAGAAAUUCACUCCUGGUUGGGCAGUCCUAUUGAAGAAUUUUAGAACUAGUUUAUUUAUUGAGAUUCUUUAAUAGCAAAUUUCAGAUUAUUUAUUGUACAUUAUUUUCAUAGUUGAAAUAAAAACGACCUUUAUAA